UCUCUCUCUCUGAGCAGGCCCAAAAGCUUCUGCUCUCUCUCACUUCAGCCGCGGAUGCCUCGCGUCGCUGCCCAGCCCCGACACGACGAUCGCCUGUUGCCUUCCCUGACGGCGAGACGCCGCUCCGAGCAGCUGACCUGCAUCGAGGCGUCUCCUGCCCGGCAAGGUUUCUCUGUUCUCGCUCACUUUUGAGCCUUUUGGAGACCGAUCGAACGAGCUUGAUUUAGCAUUUCGGCCGAUUCCCCUCAAGUUCCCGCGGUUGGGGCUUUCCUUUCCGGAGCUUCUUUCUUUCGAAUUAAGCGUGCUUUAGCUUCUGUGGGGGUUUGGAGGGUAUGAACCAUGCUUGCCAUUUCAUAGCUACUAAGUCCAUAACCAUUGGUGCUGUAGCUGCCAAGAAGUCAUUCAUUAUUUCACCGAAGUUUUCUCGGCAGUCUUGCAUCCGGGAGAUUAGAAUGGAGAAGGGUCAGUAUAACUGCCUAAACGGGGGCAGCAGUGAGUCAAGAGGUGCUCUUAUUGUUCUAGAAGGUUUGGAUCGCAGCGGUAAGAGUUCGCAGUCAAUGAGGCUGCUUUCUUUCUUGGAGGGACUGGGGCAUUCGACUGAACUGUGGCGAUUUCCGGACAGAACUACAAGCAUUGGUCAGAUGAUAUCAUCCUACCUCUCUAAUGAAUCGCAGUUAGAUGACUACACGACGCAUCUUCUCUUCAGUGCUAACAGAUGGGAGAAGAGAUCUUUGAUGGAAAAAAAACUGAAAUCUGGGACCACCCUCAUUGUUGACCGAUAUUCAUACUCUGGCAUUGCUUUUUCAUCUGCCAAAGGACUUGAUUUCGAAUGGUGCAAGGCACCAGAGAUUGGUUUGUUGGCCCCAGAUUUGGUCUUCUAUCUGGACAUACCACCUGAGAAAGCUGCAGAGAGAGGAGGAUAUGGAGGUGAGAGGUAUGAGAAACUUGAGUUUCAAAGGAAGGUUGGUAAAAGCUACCAUGCUCUGCGUGAUGCCUCCUGGAAGAUUGUAGAUGCUCUGUUACCAAUGGAAGAUAUAGCAAAACAGAUGCAGGAGAUCGCGAUCAAUUGUGUCUUGGAAUGUCAAAAAGGCAAACGCCUUUCACAUCUAUGGUCAUGUUGAUUUUGUCUAGCAACAUUGAAGACCUCGCACUACCGGCUUGUUUUACUCGAGAAUGUGAUCUACGGCUAUUCGUUUCUCAUUGUCAGAGGACAAUUUUAUGCGGGGUUAGCUAUGAAGCUUUUUACUGUUUCAGGACCCGUGUGAAAUAUGAUAUUACUUUGUGAGUCAACAGUAAAACUUGUCAAUUAAUAACUGUGCGACACUCUUCUGUGGUUUGUUGUUCCAUCACAUUCUAAAUAGAGUGAUUUCUGAGA